CAGGAAGAAGAGCAGUGGAUAAAAGAAAUGAAGAAGUUACUCGGAAAUGAGAGCUUCUACUUCAGUGUCUGCACAGGAGGUGAUGAGCCGUUAGACUUGACCCUUUGUGCCCAGCGACGAGCCAAGACUAAUCGUACUGACAACAGAUUCUUCUGGAAUCGCAUGCUUCACCUCCACCUGAAGAGAUUUGGAGUUGACUGUGAGCAGUGGCUAAUCAAGACUAUGUGUGGAAGUGUGGAAUUUGCAUCUCUAUAUAUGAAUAAUCACACCCCAAAAAUCUUAAUGAUCUCCAGGCUGAGUUGCGAAAGGGCUGGAACUAGGUUUAUGGUUCGAGGUGUAAAUGAUGGUGGGCAUGUUGCUAAUUUUGUGGAGACAGAACAGCUGAUUCACAUUGACUCAAUGGAUGAUAUUGUUCUGUCCUAUAUCCAGACUAGAGGAACUGUACCACUUUUCUGGGAACAACCAGGGUUAAAUGUUGGGUCUCAUAAGGUCAAAAUGUCCAGAGAACCAGAGGUGUCUGUUCAAGCAUUCCAGAAACACACACGUUUCCUGCGUGAGCGAUAUGGUAGGCAGGUAGUGUUGAACCUCCUGGGAACAGGAGUUACAGGGAGAAGCCAGGGCGAGGCUGCACUGUCACAUAUCUUCCAGAUUCAGCAUCUGAACUGCCCCUGGUUCAAAGACUCUCCCCACAUAGUCUUUGAUUUCCAUCAAGAAUGUAAAGGUGGCAAUAUUGAUAAUCUAGCAAAGAAGCUUCAGCCAAGAAUACAAGAAGAGAUCAAUGCUUUUGGAUACUUUUGUUCUAGAAAUAAUCAAAUCCAAUCUCUUCAGAGAGGUACAAUGCGAACCAACUGUUUAGACUGCCUUGACCGUACUAAUCGUGUACAGACAUUCCUUGGGCUAGACACCCUCUUCAAGAUGUUGGAAGAUAUUGGUGUUUCAAAUAAUGGGGUCAUUGUGCAACGGUUUACAACAAAACUAGAGGAAAUGUGGAAGGAAAAUGGCAAUCGUAUCAGCCAAAUCUAUGCAGGGACCGGGGCUCUGCAGGGAUCAAAGAUCAUUGAUGGUGCAAGAUCAGCUGCACGGACUAUUCAAAACAACCUUCUGGACAGCAGUAAGCAAGAGGCCAUAGAUAUUCUAUUGCACGGUAACCUGCUAAAUAAUUACCUAGCUGCCCUUGCGCGAUCUCUUCUACCUUCAAGCUACUUGUAUGCACCUAUAAGUGUUCUACGUCAGAUAUGUCGCCGUAGUCCAGAGUACACAGCACCCAUUCCUCUGCGUGUUGCUGUAGGAACAUACAAUGUCAAUGGUGGAAAGCACUUCCGUAGUCUUGCCUAUAAGCAUCUCUCCCUUGAUGACUGGCUUCUUGAUUCAAGGAAAAAUGCUGUUCAGAGUUCUCUGGUUGACACAACACCAGAGGAAGAAGAUGCGGUUGACAGAGCUCCUGAUGUUUUUGCUAUUGGCUUUGAAGAAAUUGUUGAUCUGAAUGCUACCAAUAUUGUACAGAAUACACAGUGGUCAGAGAAUGCUGCUUCCUGGGGGAAGGAGCUGCAAAAGGUUAUAUCAAGAGAUGAGAAAUUUGUGAUGGUAACUUGGUCCCAGUUGGUUGGUGUAGCAUUGUUUGUCUUCGUAAAUGAAAAGCAUGCAAACCAUGUGCGAGGAGUAUCUGUGGAAAGUGUGAAGACUGGCAUGCAGGGUGCAACAGGCAACAAGGGAGGCGUGGGCAUACGUCUGGUUGUGAGAAACACCUCUAUGGCAUUUGUCUGCUCGCAUUUUGCUGCUGGUCAGAAGGAAGUCAAUGAGCGGAAUAAUGAUUACGACAGCAUCGCACGAAAACUCAUAUUCCCUCUUGGCAUGCCACUGUGGGCCCAUGACUAUGUCUUCUGGUGCGGGGAUUUCAAUUAUCGCAUAAAUCUUUCUCGUGAUGAAGUACUCGAACUCGUUCAGAGGCGAGAAUGGAGUGUCCUGCUUCAUCACGAUCAGCUUAAGCAAAGUUAUGCCGAAGAGAAGUGCUUCAAAGGUUUCAUAGAAGGUGACAUCACAUUUGCUCCAACUUACAAGUACGACCUGUUCUCUGAUGAUUAUGAUACCAGUGAAAAGUCCCGCAUCCCAGCAUGGACAGACAGGGUGCUCUUCUGGAGGAGGAUGUACCCACGUGACAAGGAGAAUCCCAAGUGGACACCGGGUCAGUUUGUUCACUAUGGAAGGGCUGAGCUGAAACAGAGUGACCAUCGACCAGUGUUGGCAGUGAUUGAUGUAGAAGGCUGCACUGUCAUUGACUCCAAGCUUGCCAGCACCUAUGAGUCUGUUGUAGCAUCACUUGGUCCCUCUGAUUGUACUGUUGUGGUGCAGGUCCAGAACCUCCCUCCUGGAGCUGAUGCAGAUUCUGUUUUUGACGAUGAAACACUGGAGAAAGUCCAAGAAGCCAUGGGGACAGUGGGCUCUGUGGUGCUUGUGCGCUUCGUGGAUAACAGAGUUUGGUUCACGUUCAGUGAUUCACAGACAGCACUAAAGGCCAUAGGAUGUAGUCCUUUACAGAUAGGUGGACACAGGCUGGAAGUGAAGCUCAAGACAGAGGCAUGGAGAGACCAGCUGGAGGAGGAGCUUGCCCUCUGUGGGGACACUACUGUGCCUCUUACAGAUGAGACCCUCAAUAUCUCAGACCAAGUGGAUACUUCUUUCAGCAUUAGAAAUAUUGAAGGUGCUAUGGAGAAGUUGUAUCAGUCAGAACUUGAGGCCGAAGAGGAGCCGGCCAGCAGUGAACCAAUAAAGGAACAGCGGUCGCCCAUCCAGCCCUCUCGGCCUCCACCUCCACGCCCUGCCCCCUCAAGGCCUCCCCCUCCUCGCCCCACUCCUCCAGGAUCUGCCCCAACCUCCCCUGCCAUAAGCCGGGCUCAGACCAAGGUUAAGGUCAUCACAAAGCCUGUGCGACCUUCUCAACUGGCACCAACAGGAAGCUCUAUGGCCUCAAAGUCACCCACUGCAGAGGAACCGAACCAGGAAACUGCUCAGCGUCCCAAACCUCCUAAGCCAGAGGUGGAAGCGCACCUAGGGCCAAAGCCAGUUCUACCACCCCGUACUCCAUCUUUAGAAAGUCCUGUCACAGAAAAAUCUGCAGCUUCCUUCACUAGCUCCCUGUUUGGUGGUCCUCCUUCACUACCAGCUGACCUUCCUCCCUCUGCCACCAGUGAUCAGCCCUCUGUGUCCCCCUUUGGUGCUCCACCCUCAUUGCCAGACAAUUGUCCUCCAUUGGUGCAAUCUUCAACUAAACCUUAUGAGGGGCAGCCUGCAGCUUCUCCCUUUGACAGCCUGCCUUCUAAGCCUGACAAUGUGCCUCCUAGCAUACCUCCAUCUGAAACUCCACCUUCUAGCCAGCCACCUUCAGGACCCCCUCCCUCAGGGCCACCACCAGGUCCUCCCCCCUCCCUUCCCCCUCCUGGACCACCACCUUCUCUCCCACAAAAUGGCCCAUCCUCAGCUCCCCCAGCAGGGCCCCCGCCUAGCUUACCUGCAAGGACACUCCCUCCUGUGCCAGCUAGAAGUGGUGGAGGUGCACCUCCUCCAAUACCAUCCCGAUCCUUACCCCCAGUCCCUGCGCGAAAUCUUCCUCCAGUGCCACCACGAAAGUAAUUUUGUGUCCUUUCAGUUAAGUAUAUAGAUGGCUUUUCUGGGGUUUGUCAGGUGUCUUUUUUUCUAGGUGAAAAUCUAAUACAUCUAAUUACAUAGUGAAUUUGGGUAAUACAUUAUGCGGAUGCAUGAGGAGAAAUAUAUCUUGUUUGAAAAGUUCUCCUUUGUCAUUUUGGAAGGAUAGGAGAAAGAAUGCUGAUUGUUAUAAAGCCAUUGAUAGCUAAAAACUUUUUGUCUUUAAGUUCAGUAUUAUUACCGAUUAUUUCUCUUAUCUAGUCCUAUGUGAUUUUCUUUGUGAUUGUGCAAGUGCAAUGUGUUGAUUUGUUUAAUUUUAUUUGUAAAAAGUUUCAUGCAGGCAUAUAUCUGUAUGUGCCCUUACACAAACAUCCACACAAAUGCAUACAUUCAUCCACAUGCCUGCACUCACCUCUCAUACAAACACACUCAUUUAGAUACAAGAUUGAAAUUUUAUAUAAAUCAUUUAUUUAAGAUAUUUAUUUGCAUUUUAUCAUGUAAACCUUUCAGUCACAGCAGAUUUUGAUGACCAUAUACCAAAUUUUCUAAUGGUAAACAUUCAAGAUCACUAGGAUAUUAAUGUCACUUUGAGUUGCUAUAGAUUUACAUGACCCCAAGCCUAAUUAAUUUGUAAAGAAAUCAGAUUUUAAAAGCUAUUAUAAUUCAUUCACUCAUUCAUUGUGAUCCAUACGUAGCGGAUUCAGUACAUGGUUUUCCAAAUUUCUUUUCUUUGUUCUCUCUUUUUAAUUUGCUAAAUACCCUCAAAACUUAAUAUUUCUUCAAUUCUGUUUAUCGAACAUUUAUUUAUUUAAUUUCUUUUAUUGUGUAUGUGUUGCCAAAGCACGUAUUUGAAUUAUGAACUUUUCAUAAGGUCACCAAGUUCAAGAAAAAGAAUUAUUGUAGAAUUUGUAUACCUGCAGGGACUUGUUUUAAAAAUCUGGUAACUGUAAAGACAAUUUUAUUA